CAAUCCGUAAAGCCGUCGGUUUCGAUCCUUCUUCUUCCUCCCCCGUCUUUUCUCCACCGGAAGAUGGCAGCGAACCCUCGAAUCGACGGUGAUGAGGACUCCAUUGACGUGUCUACCCGCCGGAUUCAACGGCUGAGGUCACACCUCGCCCCGGCGCCGGCGACGGAUAGUCAGCUCCUCCUCUACCGGUCACCCUGCGCCAGAGUGAUGCCCGCGCUGCCGGACCCCUCCCUUCUCUCCGCGUACCUCCGCGGGAGGCAUCGGGACGUGCAGGAGCGCGUGUUUCGAUACUUCAUCUCCCGGCCGGAGCUGCAUACGCCGCUUGAGAUCGGGAGGGACGACCACCGGGAGCUCUGCAUGAAGCAGCUUAUUGGCCUGGUCCGCGGAGUCGGGAUCAAGCCUCUCCGACUCAUCUCCGACGAUCCUGCUCAGUACUUUGCCGUGGUGGAGGCCGCCGGUGCUGUCGACAUGUCUCUCGGAGUCAAAUUUGGCGUCCAGUACAGCCUUUGGGGUGGCUCAGUGAUCAAUCUGGGGACCAAAAAGCACAGAGACAAGUACUUUAAUGAGAUAGACAAUUUAAAUUAUCCCGGUUGUUUCGCAAUGACAGAACUCCAUCAUGGUUCAAAUGUUCAAGGCAUUCAAACUGUAGCAAUCUUUGAUCCUGCAACUGAUGAAUUUGUCAUUAACACACCUAAUGAUGGAGCAAUAAAGUGGUGGAUUGGAAAUGCUGCGCUUCAUGGGAAGUUUGCAACUGUCUUCGCCAAACUGAUCUUGCCAUCGCCUGAAUCAAAAGAUGGUGCCGAUAUGGGAGUCCAUGCAUUCAUUGUUCCAAUAAGAGAUGUGGAGACACACUGUGUCCUUCCUGGCAUCGAAAUCCGUGAUUGUGGACAUAAGAUUGGCCUUAAUGGGGUUGACAAUGGGGCACUAAAAUUCACAAAUGUGAGGAUCCCACGUGAUAAUCUGCUUAAUCGGUUUGGUGAUGUUUCACGUGAUGGAAAAUAUACAAGCAGCCUACCUACAAUUAAUAAAAGAUUCGCUGCAACUCUGGGGGAGCUAGUUGGUGGGAGAGUGGCCAUUGCUUAUUCUUCUGUCGCGGUACUUAAGUUGUCAUUGACCAUAGCAAUACGAUAUUCUCUCCUUCGGCAGCAAUUCGGACCCCCAAAGCAGCCAGAAAUCAGUAUACUGGAUUAUCAAUCCCAGCAACAUAAACUCAUGCCAAUGCUUGCAUCUGCAUAUGCCUUCCACUUUGCAUCAAAGUGUCUGGUUGAUGAGUAUGCUGAGAUGAAGAAGACUCAGGAUGAAGAGGUGAUUGGUGAUGUUCAUACUCUUUCUUCUGGUCUCAAAGCAUAUAUUACAUCAUAUACUGCCAGGUCCUUGAGCACAUGCCGGGAAGCUUGUGGUGGACAUGGAUAUGCUGCUGUCAAUAGGUUUGGUGAUUUACGUAAUGACCAUGAUAUAUUUCAAACCUUUGAAGGAGAUAACACUGUGCUUCUUCAGCAGGUAUCAGCAUAUCUUUUGAAGCAAUACCAAGAAAAAUUCAAAGGUGGAACAUUAACUGUAACAUGGAACUAUUUAAGGGAAUCAAUGGGUGCUUACCUCUCUCAACCAAAUCCUGUAACUAUUCGCCGUGAAGGAGAAGAGCACCUGAGGGAUCCUAGCUUCCAGUUGGAUGCUUUCAGGUACCGAACAUCUCGGUUGCUUCACACGGUCGCAAUCCGCCUGCGCAAGCAUUCUAAGACCCUUGGAGGCUUUGGUGCAUGGAACAGGUGUUUAAAUCAUUUGUUGACUCUUGCAGAGUCCCACAUUGAAUCGGUCAUUUUGGCAAAAUUUAUAGAAGCUGUUGAAAGCUGCAAGGACAGCAGCACCCGAUCUGUUCUGAAGCUUGUCUGUGACCUUUACGCCUUGGAUCGCAUAUGGAAGGACAUUGGUACUUUUCGUAAUGUAGACUAUGUGGCUCCUAAUAAGGCAAAGGCAAUCCACAAGCUCACAGAAUACCUGAGUUUCCAAGUGAAGAAUGUCGCCAAAGAACUCGUGGGAGCAUUUGAUAUUCCUGAUGAGGUCGUUCGCGCACCAAUUGCUUUGCAGUCUGAGCCAUACAACCAAUAUACACAGUUUGUAGGAUUUUAAGCAGAUCAAAGCAGACGUACAAGUUGUGGAGAAAUUUCUACUGUAAAUAAUUUGUGGAGUGCACCAGUAUAAACCGGAAGCACGCUUACAUUCAGGCGAUUGCUUUUAGACGCUUGGAAGUUUGAUCCAAGAGCUUCAAAUGCCUCCCUUCUUUGCCUCUUGGCUGUACAUUGACUGUACAAACUAGGUGACAACUUUCAUCUAAUAAGUAUAAUAUAAUUAUGGCCUUACUAUGUUGUGUGGUU